CAUCUUUGGAACUGGAAUCCUGCUUGCCACCCUCCUGCUCUUACUGGAUUUUAUUUCACAGCAUUAAGAAGAGGGGGAAGACUAAAAACUCUGAUAUACUUUGCUGAUGCUGUAAGGAAAAUAUUCUCCUCUGAGUCACUUGCCUUGAGCUCACUUUUUUUUUCCCCCUCAUGGAGCAGGGGGUUUCCUUCUUUAGCCAUAAACUGCAUGCAAUACCUUUGUGUGUGGUGUGUUUCAGUUUCACACGCUAACCCACGCUCCAAAGGGACUCGGGAGGCUGUUCCUUUAAUAAGCCAACUGGAGAAAAAAAAAGUGGAAGGCUUGCCUUGAGGCAUCCCAUUACAGUGGAAUGAGACAAGGAUCAGGGCUUCUAGCUCAGCUAUAAAAACCAGGCAGAAGCUGGCUGCUCUGACCAUACUUUGCCUUACUGUCAAACAUCUCUCUCUCUCUCUCUCUCUCUCUCUCUUUCUCUCUCUCAAACACACACAGACUAUAAGACAAGACAACUUUUUUCUCAGUUUUGACAGGACAGCAACAAAGUGGAAAGCCGGUUGCUGAUUUUUACAUCCUAUUUAUUUCAUGGAGGCUGCUCGUGGUGGGAUCUAAUUCAUAUCAAAGCUUGUAAGGGGGAAAGUACAGCAGGAAGAGAGGAGAAAUCGAAUUUUGUUUGGAGCUGGCUCUCCAAAUUCUUCUCCGGACGGUGAAAGCAAAACGGCAUUGAGGAACCAACAGUGUCCCAAAGGAGCCGAAUAUCACCAUGGGGCUUCCUAUGCAGGUUUUGACCUGUGCCAUCAUAGCUUUGCUACACCACCAUGUCAACGGUGGGCUCAUCAAGAGAAUUAUCCGGCAGAAGCGGGAGACCGGGUUAAACGUGACCUUGCCAGAGGAUAACCAGUCUGUGGUCUUUAACCAUGUCUACAACAUUAACGUACCCAUGGGCUCCCUCUGCUCUGUGGACUUGGACUCAGCUAAUGAGGACACAGACCUGAAGCCCCAGGUUGAGCCAAGCAAGACCUACCAGGAGCACACAGUGAAUGAGGGGAACCAGAUUGUCUUCACACACCGCAUCAACAUCCCCCGCCGGGCUUGUGGCUGUGCAGCUGCCCCUGACAUCAAGGAUCUGCUGAGCAGACUGGAAGAGCUGGAGGGGCUGGUAUCCUCUCUACGAGAGCAGUGCUCCAGCAGCGCUGGCUGCUGCCCCGGCGGCCUAACAGCAGAGGGACAAGUGGACACCACACCGUAUUGCAGUGGACGAGGGAACUACAGCACUGAGCACUGUGGCUGCAUUUGUGAACCUGGCUGGAAAGGACCCAACUGCUCAGAACCAGAAUGCCUGAACAAUUGCAACAACAAAGGCCGCUGUGUCAAUGGGAAAUGUAUCUGUGAUGAGGGCUUCACUGGGGAGGACUGCAGCCAGCUCACCUGCCCCAAUGACUGCAGUGACCAAGGCAAAUGCAUCAAUGGUGUCUGUCUGUGCUUUGAGGAGUACACCGGUGAGGACUGCAGUGAAGAGCUUUGCCCGGUGACAUGUAGUGAGCAUGGAAAGUGUGUGAACGGUCGGUGUGUGUGUGAUGAAGGCUUCACCGGUGAGAACUGCAGUGAGCCGCUCUGCACGAACAACUGCAAUAACCGUGGGCGCUGCGUGGAGAAAGAGUGUGUGUGCAACGAAGGCUACACAGGUGAAGACUGCGGCGAGCUUAUCUGCCCCAAUGACUGCUACGACCGUGGCCGCUGUGUCAACGGGACCUGCAACUGUGAGGAGGGCUUUACCGGGGAAGACUGCGGGGAGCUUACCUGCCCCAACAACUGCAACAACAAUGGCCGCUGCAAUAAUGGGCUGUGUAUCUGCAAUGAGGGCUUUGUGGGCGACGACUGUAGCGAGCAGCGGUGCCCCAAGGACUGCAACAAGCGGGGGCGCUGUGUCAAUGGGAAGUGCGUGUGCAACGAGGGCUUUGCUGGGGCCGCCUGUGGCCAAGUGAAGUGCCCCAAAGAUUGUAACAACCAGGGCCGCUGCAUCAAUGGGCAGUGUGUGUGCCAGGAGGGCUUCAUGGGCGAAGACUGCAGUGAGUUGCGGUGUCCUAGUGACUGUAGCAACCGGGGCCGCUGUGUCAAUGGGCAGUGCGAGUGUGACGAGGGCUUCACGGGUGAGGAUUGCAGCCAGCUGAAGUGCCCCAAUGAUUGUCACAACCGCGGGCGUUGCGUCAACAGGCAGUGUGUGUGUAAUGAGGGCUUCAUUGGCGAGGAUUGUGGAGAGCUGAGGUGCCUCAACGACUGUAACAACCGGGGGCGCUGCGUCAACGGGCAGUGUGUGUGUGAAGAGGGCUUUGUGGGCGAGGACUGCGGAGAGCUGAGGUGUCCCAACAACUGUAAUGAGCACGGGCGCUGCAUCAAUGGGCAGUGUGUGUGCGACGAUGGGUACAUGGGGGAGGACUGUGCUGAGCUGAGGUGUCCCAAUGACUGCAACAACCAGGGGCUCUGCGUCAACGGGCUGUGCCAGUGUGACAGUGGGUUCACGGAGAUCGACUGUAGCCAACAGCGGUGUCCCAGUGACUGCAACAACCGGGGGCGCUGCAUCAACGGACAGUGCCUGUGCGACGAGGGCUUUCGAGGAGUGGACUGCGGUGAGCGAUCCUGCCCCAACAACUGCAAUGACAUGGGCCGCUGCGUUGAUGGACAAUGCAUUUGUGAUGAUGGAUACGAAGGGGAUGACUGCUCCAAUGUGUCCUCUCCAAGCGACUUGACAGUGACAGAUGUGACAGAUAAGACCGUCAAUCUGGAAUGGAAGAAUGAGAAUCUAGUCAAUGAGUAUCUCAUCACCUAUAUUCCUACCAGUGUUGGUGGCCUAGAACUGCAGUUCAGGGUGCCUGGAAACAAGACAUCUGCUACCAUCCGUGAACUGGAACCUGGUGUGGAAUACUUUAUCCGUGUAUUUGCCAUCCUAGAGAACAAGAAGAGUAUUCCAAUCAGUGCCAGGGUGGCAACCUAUCUGCCUGCUCCUGAAGGUCUGACAUUCAAAUCCAUCAGGGAGACAUCUGUGCAGGUGGAGUGGGAUCCUCUGAACAUUUCAUUUGACGGCUGGGAGCUCAUCUUCCGAAAUAUGAAAAAGGAAGAUAAUGGGGACAUAACCAACAGUUUGAAGAGAGCAGACACAUCAUAUAUGCAGCCAGGUCUGGCACCAGGACAACAGUAUAACGUGUCCCUGCAUGUAGUGAAAAACAAAACCAGAGGACCUGGGUUGUUUAGAGUGUUUACCACAAAGCUUGAUAGCCCGAGCCAGAUUGAGGCAAGAGAUGUGACAGACACCACAGCUUUAAUCACAUGGUUCAAACCUUUGGCUGAAAUUGAUGACAUGGAGCUCACCUAUGGACCAAAGGAUGUUCCAGGGGACAGGACGACCAUCGACCUCUCUGAGGAUGAAAGCCAGUACUCCAUUGAGAAUCUGAAGCCACACACAGAGUAUGAGCUGAUGCUGAUCUCUCGGCGCGGGGACAUGGUCAGCGACCCUGUGAAGGAAAUCUUUGUCACAGACUUGGACGCACCGAAGAACCUGAAGCGCCUGUCUCAGACAGACAGCAGUAUCACCUUGGAGUGGAAGAACAGCCAAGCCAGCAUCGAUAACUACAGAAUCAAGUUCGCUCCCAUCUCAGGUGGAGACCAUGCUGAGAUAACUGUACCAAGGAGUAACCAGGCCACAACCAAGGCUACACUCACAGGUCUGAGGCCUGGAAUUGAAUAUGGCAUUGGAGUGACAGCAGUGAAGCAGGACAGAGAAAGUACUCCCGCUACUAUGAAUGCUGCAACCGAUCUGGAUAACCCCAAGGACUUGGAGGUCACUGAUAACACUGAAACGACCCUCUCCCUCCGCUGGAGAAGACCACUGGCCAAGUUUGACCGCUACAGCCUCACUUACAUUAUCCCCUCUGGGAGGAAGAAUGAAAUUGAGAUACCAGCAGAUAGCACCUCUUACCUCUUGCGAGGGCUGGAGGCUGGUACAGAAUAUACCAUCACCCUAGUGGCAGAGAAAGGCAGGCACAAGAGCAAACCCACAAUGGUGAAGGAGUCUACUGCCACACAUAGUCUAGAUCUAAAGUGGGAGACAACUCCUGGCCCAGAUGAGUACUCUGGAUCUUGGAGCUCAGAGGCUUCUGGGAUGGGGGAGGAUACGCUGAGGGAUGUUGUGGUCUCCAAUGUGACAGCGCAUGGCUUUAGUCUCUCGUGGAAGGCGGACUCAGGAGCCUACACUAGUUUUGUGGUGGAGUACAAGGAAGUGGCAGCUGGGCCCCUUGCAGAAGUCUUCAUGCCUGGAGACUACUUAGGCACUGUGAUUGAUGGCCUCCAGGCUAACACAUCCUAUAAAAUCAAGGUGUAUGGAAUGAUUGGAGGACAGCGCUCCCAUCCUCUUGAAGCUGUGGCUACAACAGCACAUCUAGUCACAGCAUCUGGAGAAUCAGACAGCGAAACAACACUUAAUCCUACCAGCCCAGCACCUACUGAGCUAAGUUACUUAACAAACCCAAGCACUGAUUCUCACACUCUGCUUUCAGUACCCACUGAUUUUUCCACCCUGGAAGCCACUGCCCAACUUCAUGACCUUAAAAUAACAGGCAGGACUUUCAAUAGUUUUACAGUAUCCUGGGCAGCACAAGAUGUGUUAUUUGAUCAGUUCUUUAUCACCCUGAAAAGCCUGCCCAGUUUAAACAGGACUCAGGAAAUCUUUGUGCCUGGAAACCUACGAGAAACAGAAUUUAUCAAUCUCACAGCUGGCACACAAUACCUGAUUAAUCUCCGUGGAAGCACUCAAGGUCAGCUCUCUCAGUCACUGGAUGCUCUAGCUGCCACAGAGGAGGAACCUGAGCUCGGAAAGUUAGCAGUACCGAAGGUUAGCUGGGAUGGUUUCCAACUCAACUGGACAGCCGCAGAAGGAGCCUAUGAGACUUUUGUCAUUCAGGUGCAGGAGCCUAACAAUCCAGAAGAAGCUCGGAAUCUCACAGUCUCGGGCAGCCUACGCUUUGUGAAUGUUACUGGCCUCAAGGCUAACAUGCCCUACACUGUCACCCUUUAUGGUGUGAUUCAGGGCUACAGGACCAAACCCCUUUCUGUUAACACCACAACAGCAGAACCCGAAGUUGGUGAACUAACAGUUUCCAACAUUACCCCCGAAAGCUUCAACCUUUCCUGGACAGCCACGGAUGAGGCCUUCAAGACCUUUACCAUUGAAAUUAUUGAUUCUAGCAGGUUACAGGAGCCGAUGGAGUACAACAUUUCAGGCAACUUAAGGACUGCUCAUAUCUCAGGGCUUUCCCCCAAAACUGAUUUUAUUGUCUACCUCUCGGGGAGCAUGCGUGGUUUCCGCACAAAGGCAAUAAGUGCUGCAGCUACUACAGUAGACGAACCUCUCCUUAGCAAACUAACUGUCUCAAACGCUACCUCAGACAGUGUGUCCCUCACAUGGGAAGCUCAGGAUGCUGCCUUUGAUCGCUUUGUUUUAGAAGUUAUAAACUCUGACUUGCCUUUGGAUUCCCUGGUGCACACAGUGCCAGGGGCCUCACGGAGUUUUGUAAUCACCAACCUAAGAGCUGCCACUAAUUACACUGUCCAACUGCAUGGUCUAGUUGAUGGCCAAGGUGCUCAGACUUUGACAGCACUGGUUACCACAGAGGCCAAGCCACAGCUGGGCACGCUCACACUCACAAACGUUACCCCCGACAGCUUCAACCUCUCAUGGACUGCGAGAGAUGGGCCUUUUGCAAAGUUUGUUAUAAAUGUUAGAGAUUCCUAUGCAACUCACGCACCGCAGGAGCUUACGGUGUCAGGAGGGGCCCGCAGCGCUCACAUCUCAGGCCUGGCAGAUUACACUGGCUAUGAUAUUAACAUUCAGGGCACCACCAAUGCAGGGGUCCACACAGAGCCCCUCACUGCUUUUGUGAUGACAGAGUCCAUGCCCCCACUGGAAAACCUAACUGUCUCUGACAUUAAUCCUUAUGGGUUCACGGUGUCCUGGAUGGCAUCAGAGAAUGCCUUUGACAACUUUCUAGUAAUCGUGGUGGAUUCUGGCAAGCUGCUGGACCCACAGGAGUUCCUCCUUACAGGAGCCCAGCGGCAACUGGAACUUAAAGGCCUUAUUACUGGCAUUGGCUAUGAGGUUAUGCUUUAUGGUUUUGCCAAGGGGCGCCAAACAAAGCCCCUAAGCACUAUGGCUGUUACAGAAGCAGAACCCGAGGUCGACAACCUUCUAGUUUCAGAUGCUACCCCAGAUGGCUUCCGUCUGUCUUGGACCGCAGAUGAUGGGGUCUUUGACAGCUUUGUUCUUAAAAUCAGGGAUACCGACAGGCAGUCUGACCCACGGGAACUAAUAGUGCCAGGCCAUGAACGCACUCAAGAUAUAACAGGGCUGAAAGAGGGUACUAAGUAUGACAUUGAACUCUAUGGACUUAUCAGUGGACGACGUUCUCAGCCCAUAAAUGCAGUAGCUACCACAGCUGUGGGAUCACCCAAGGGACUCAAGUUCUCUGACAUUACUGAAAACUCAGCCACAGUCAGCUGGACACCUCCAAGGACCCAAGUAGAGAGCUUCCGGAUUUCAUACAUCCCCAUAACAGGAGGUACUCCCAAUGUUGUGACAGUGGAUGGAACCAAGACUAGGACCAAGCUGGUGAAACUGAUCCCAGGUGUAGACUACACUGUCAGUAUAAUCUCCAUCAAAGGAUUUGAAGAAAGUGAGCCUAUCUCUGGAAUUCUGACUACAGCUCUGGACAGCCCAUCAGGACUGGUAGCGGUGAAUAUCACAGACUCUGAGGCCUUGGCAAUCUGGCAGCCAGUGAUUGCCACAGUGGACAAUUAUGUCAUCUCCUACAUUGCUGAGGAUGAUCCAGAAGUUACUCAGACGGUAUCUGGGAACACUGUGGAAUAUGACCUUAAUGGCCUUCACCCUGCAACUGAAUAUAUGCUGAGGAUCUAUGCAGUAAAGGGACCUCAGAAGAGUGAGACGGUCUUCACCAAAUUCACUACAGGCAUGGAUGCACCAAGAGAUUUGAGUGCCAUUGAGGUCCAGUCAGAAACAGCAGUACUGUCAUGGAGGCCUCCACGGGCUUCUGUCACCGGCUAUCUCCUUAUCUACGAGUCUAUCGAUGGCAAAGUCAAGGAAGUCAUCCUGGGACCUGAGGCAACUUCCUACAGCCUGUCUGAGCUAAGCCCAUCCACCCAGUACACAGUGAAGCUGCAGGCACUGAACAGAGCCCUGAAGAGCAAGAUAAUCCAGACUAUUUUCACCACAACUGGACUUCUCUAUCCUUACCCUAGAGACUGCUCCCAAGCUCUGCUGAAUGGAGAAAGUACCUCUGGACUUUACACCAUAUAUAUGAAUGGAAACAAGUCACAGUCUGUAGAGGUGUAUUGUGACAUGAUCUCUGAUGGAGGUGGAUGGAUUGUGUUUCUGAGGCGCCACAAUGGAAAGGAGGAUUUCUACAGGAACUGGAGGACUUAUGCUGCUGGAUUUGGGGAUCCCAAGGAUGAAUUCUGGAUAGGUCUGGAGACCCUCCACAAAAUCACUUCCCAGGGCCAGUAUGAGCUGCGUGUGGAUCUGCGAGACAAGGGCGAGACAGCUUAUGCUCUCUAUGACCGGUUUAGCGUGGGAGACUCCAAGACCCGUUAUCGGCUAAAAGUGGAUGGAUACAAUGGAACGGCAGGUGACUCCAUGACCUAUCACAGUGGACGGUCUUUCUCCACCUUUGAUAAGGACAAUGACGCUGCCAUCACAAACUGUGCUUUGUCCUACAAAGGUGCUUUCUGGUACAAGAAUUGUCACCGAGUCAAUCUGAUGGGCAGAUAUGGGGACAACAGCCACAGUCAGGGUGUUAACUGGUUCCAUUGGAAGGGCCAUGAAUACUCCAUCCAGUUUGCAGAAAUGAAGUUGAGACCCAUCAGCUUCCGGAAUCUAGAAGGGAGACGAAAGAGAGCAUAAAACUCAGAGAUGGAGGAAAGUUUGGGAAGCUGGGUGGGGGUAGUGGUAGGGUUUUCUGGAAUAACAGGGGGGAGGGGGAGAUAAGGCAGCUGGUAAUCUUACCAAAGCAUCAAUGACGCUUGGCCUAAAUGGGGCUCCUUCUACAGUCUGAGUGACCAGCCUUAUGAAACCACAGCAUCUUCUGCAGACCAGCUUUCGCUGCCCAUGGUUAAUGCCCUUCACACCAAAGACAACAAUCUCAAGGGUUCUGUAUUGAUUUUAGAUUUUGGGAAGGGGGUUUUUCUCAGAGAGGUUCCGUGACAAGAUUCUUCCAUGGUCUCUUGGGCAGCUCAAGGGAAGGGUGGGGGGAAAGGCUGUACAUUUGUAGUUUGAGAACCAGCCAUAUUUUACACAUACAAGUUUGUAUGAUUAUCAUUAUUAUUAUUAUUAUUAUUGGUCGAACUUCUGUUGGUCAUUGGAAAGCUUUUUUUAAAUAUAUAUAUAUAUAUAUAUAUCAUGUAUCGCAGAGAAAGAUGGGGGAGGGGAAUCAAUUUAAACCAUAAGCAAAAUCUUAAUUUUAUUAAUAUAAUGACAAAAUAAUAAUAAUAAUGAUAAUAAUAAGCUACAUUUUUGUCAUGCUUUCCGAAACACAGCAGGACAGUGUCUGAUUGUAUUUUUUUUUUUAAAUAAAGCACAAUUUUAAAUAAACCUCUACAUUUUCUUCAUGCAUCAACUUUGUGCACGUCCAGGGUAUAUUUCCUUAAGUAGGGGAGUAAAGAAGGCUGAGAAUGAUCAGGAUGUUAAAUUUAUUCAGAAAGCACGCUCCCUUUUGUCAGUGUUUGGGUGUAAGUAUUUUGGUGGACUCCUUGCAAUGGAAUGCUUGGGAAGGUUUUUAGAGGGUGUUCCUUUUUUCCUAUCCAGAAGCACAUUCGCCGUGCCAUUUAACUGACUGACUCUUGCUUUCAACUAGGUGGGAAUCACUAACAAAACAAAACCAGCAACAUGCAAAGGUGGGAUUAGCUACCAAAUGGCGAUGCGGAACACCUGUGUAAAUAAAGGGCUCCUUUUAAAAAAAAAAAAAAAAUGAAGCCUCUGUGUAGUUCCUCUGUACCAUACUCUUUGAUUAAAGACAAUAAAAGACCUUUUGUUUUAA